UAGGUGAGUAUGUUUCCAACUGUGUGCAGUGUCACCCAAAGGAUUACAGCUCCAUGGAAGUGAGCCAGCUGCAAGAGAACCAUAGUGUACUGUAUUGCUAUUAUUCUGGAGAUGUUUUGUGCAUCAAAGAAAUUCGUGCAACUUCUGUUUCUGUGAUUCUUUACCUUUUUGCUGCUGUGGUGGUGAUGCUUACAUUUUUUGGGAACCUGGUGGUGAUAAUUUCAAUCUCUCACUUCAAACAGCUUCACACUCCAACAAACAUCCUUGUGCUUUCACUAGCUGUGGCAGAUUUUUUUGUGGGAUUGUUUAUUAUGCCUUUCAUGGUUAUUCAGUCAAUAGAGACUUGUUGGUAUUUUGGAAACAUAUUUUGUCUAAUUUACACAAUGCUAUUGUAUAUACUUACUGAAACCUCGAUAUUUAAUCUGGUAAUGAUAGCUAUUGACCGAUAUCUUGCAUUGUGUGAUCCAUUAUUAUAUUCAACUAAAAUUACUGUUCGUGUGGCAACUUUUUCUGUUGGAUUAAUUUGGUUUUUGUCACUGUGUUAUACAUGUGCAUUAUUAUUUUCUAAUGGAAAUACUGAGGGCAUUAUUGGAUUAGAUCCCUGUCCUGGGGAUUGUCUAGUUGUCCUUAACUCAACUUGGGGGACCCUGGAUCUUGUAUGUUCAUUUCUUUUGCCUGUUUCUAUAAUGAUUACAUUAUAUGCCAAAAUUUUUGUGGUUGCAAAACGGCAUAUUAGGGCAAUAUCAACACAGCAGAAGGUUUUCACAGAAAAAUCUAGAAACAAAUUAGCCAAAAAAUCUGAAAGAAAGGCUGCAAAAACAUUAGCAAUAGUUGUUGCAGUCUUUAUUCUUUGUUGGUUACCAUUCUACAUAAGUACAAUUCUAAACCAGUUUUUAAAUUUGUCAAUACCUUCUACAAUUGCAUGUGGAUUUUUAUGGCUAGCCUACAUUAACUCCAGCUUGAAUCCAAUCAUUUAUGCCUUUUUUUAUCCCUGGUUUCAAAAAUCACUCAAACUCAUGGUAACUUUUAAGAUAUUUAGCACAGGCUCAUCUCUAAUUAGUCUUUUACCUGAAAAUUAGAUGAAAUUUAUUGUAUUGUAAAUGAUAUUGUUUA